UGACAACGAAAAUCCUGAAAGAUUUAGAAUUUAGAUUCCUACACUGGCGAAGAAAUGGAAAGAAAGCAAGAAGGUGGUGGUGGUAUCGGGAUAACAGAGACAUGGUUAAAGAAACAUACUUUGUUGUAUAAGGGAGCUACUAGACAUCCUUUUAUUCUCAGCAUCAGAGAUGGAACUGUAGAUCUUUCUUCUUUCAAGCGAUGGCUUGGGCAAGAUUACUUAUUUGUCAGAAACUUCGUGCUGUUCGUAGCGAAUGUGUUGCAGAAGUCAAGUAAGGCUUUGGAUGAGAAGGAUGGGGAUAUGGAAGUUGUAUUAGGUGGUAUUACUUCGUUGAGUGACGAACUCACAUGGUUCAAGACUGAAGCUUCAAAAUGGGAUGUCAUGCUCCAUGGUAUUGCUCCUCAAAAGACAAACCAGAACUACUGCAGGUUUCUUGAGAGUUUGAUGAGCACGGAAAUGGACUACACAGUUGCUGUCACAGCCUUUUGGGCAAUUGAAACAGUUUAUCAAAAGAGUUUCGCCUUUUGCCUUGAAGAUGGUUCAAAGACCCCAGCAGAGUUGAUAGAUACUUGUCAGCGAUGGGGCAAUGAAGGUUUUGGACAGUAUUGCCAGACUCUUCAAGGAAUUGCUAAUAGGUGCCUGGAGAAGGCGACGUACGAUAUCCGAAGCAAAGCUGAAGCAACAUUCAUACGCGUUCUCGAAUAUGAGAUUGAGUUCUGGAACAUGAGCCAAGGUAGAGAUUAACUCUUAAAAAUUCAUAUUGUGGGUUUCUCCUCGACUUUGGCUUGUUGUCUUUAAGAUGGUACUUUGGCUGGUUGUCUUUAAGAUGGUACGAACAAUGUGCUUUGUAAAUUAAAAUCCGUUUGUAAGAUGCUGUUGUAACUGUACUUCGAAAGUUAAAAUUCUGCUGGUAGGUAUGAAUGUAAUGGUUGUUUUAUAGAGUAUCCGCAGUGGUGACUGCAAGAGUAGUUUAACAAGGUCUCCAAGGCCGAUUUCCAAGU